CUGUGUUUGCUUGGCGUAUAAAAUCUUGUGAGAGCUUUCAGUCUUUCUUAUGAGUUCUCGAGAGUCCUUUUUCCCUCUUGAUAUUUGCGGCGCUGGGAGCUUUGCUCUCUGUCCAGGGUCCAACGGGAGUUUAAAGUGAGCUCAGCCAUGUCGACGCCGGACCUUCAGUCCCCUCCCCGCCCAAAACGCAAGAAGAUCUGGGUAGACUACCUCGUCGAAUUCCGGUGGAUCAUCAUCGUCUUCGUCGUCCUCCCCAUCUCCGCCAUCAUCGCCUUCAUCGCCUACCUCUUUGACGUCCACGCGGAGCUCAAACCCUACAAGCAACGCCAGCAAGAACACGAAGAGAACGUCCGAAAAGUCGUCCCUCGACUCAAACAGCGCAACCCCGCAAAAGAUGGCCUCGUCUGCACUGCCCGCAAGCCUUACAUUGUUGUCGGCAUGCGCAAUGUCGAUUACAAGCGCGCUCGCCAUUUCGAGGUCGACCUCUCCGAGUUCUACAAUAUUCUCGAAGUCGACUCUGAUCGAAUGGUCGUCCGUGUUGAGCCACUUGUUAAAAUGGGACAGCUUAGUCGGGUGACUGUACCGAUGAAUCUUGCGAUUCCCGUCGUGUCUGAGCUCGAUGACUUGACAGUGGGGGGGUUGAUUAAUGGUUACGGUAUUGAAGGGAGCUCGCAUAUAUACGGCCUGUUUCAGGAUACUCUGGUGUCGUUGGAGAUUGUCCUGGCCGAUGGGAGAGUCGUUCGUGCAACUAAGGACAACGAGUACUCCGACCUUUUCUACGCGAUUCCUUGGUCGCAGGGAACCCUAGGAUUUUUAUUGUCGGCGGAGAUUAAGCUGAUUCCGAUCAAGGAGUACAUGAGAUUGACAUACACUCCAGCGAGGGGGAGUCUUCGGGAGCUCGCUCAGGCAUACACGGACUCCUUCGCUCCAAGAGACGGAGACCCGAAGAAAGUGCCCGACUUCGUUGAAUCUUUGAUCUACACGCCAACGGAGGGUGUGUUCAUGACGGGUAGGUACGCGUCGAAAGACGAGGCGAACCAAAGAGGGAAUGUGAUUAAUAGCAUUGGAUGGUGGUUUAAGCCUUGGUUCUACCAGCACGCGCAGACGGCGUUGAAGAGAGGGGAAUUUGUGGAGUAUAUUCCGACGAGAGAGUACUAUCAUCGGCACACAAGGACGUUGUUUUGGGAGAUGAAGCUCAUAUUGCCGUUUGGGGAUCAGUGGUGGUUCCGGUGGCUGAUGGGGUGGACGAUGCCCCCGAAGAUAUCGCUGUUGAAGAUGACGCAGGGGGAGGCGAUCAGGCAGUACUAUCAUGAUAUGCAUGUUAUUCAGGAUAUGUUGCUGCCGCAGCAUAAGGUCGCUGAUGCGCUGGAGUUCCUUCACCAAGAAAUGGAGGUGUACCCAAUCUGGCUAUGUCCACACCGUCUAUUCAAAUACCCAAUCAAAACAAUGAUCAACCCCGAACCAGGCUUCGAGCAAAACCAAACACAAGGCGACACGAGCUUCGCGCAAAUGUACUCUGACAUCGGCGUCUACUAUGCCCCUGGGCCCGUGCUCCGAGGCGAGGUCUUCGACGGGUCCGAGCCAGUCACCGCACUCGAGGACUGGCUGAUCCGGACCCACGGUCCAAGCCUCAGUACUCCUGUGUCGGAGCUAUCCGAGAAGAAUUUCUGGCGGAUGUUUGACGGCGCCCACUACGAGUACUGCCGCAAGAAGUACGGCGCCAUAGGGACGUUUAUGGAUGUGUAUUAUAAGUGCAAGAAAGGGAAGAAGACUGAGAAGGAGGUGGCGGAGGCGGAGGCUGCGAUCGCCGAGAGGGUGAACGCCGAUAAGACGGAUUGAAGAUGGUGGUGAUAAUAUAAGUUGUAGCAUUACUGGUAUUCGAUAAAGUUCGUCUCUCGUAUUAGUCAUGUUCUGGGAUGAUCCUUGGUAGCUGUAACGGUUUGAAUUGUUUUGAUACUUUGGGUCAAAAUAAAGUUAUGUUGGUGCAUGGUA